CCAAUCCAAAACUGCUUCAAGAAGAGAAUGUCAUAAGUACCAAUUAGCAAUACUGGUACGUAUCGCUAGGGCGUGAAUUUCACCAAUGGCGCGGGUUAACGACUUGACGUGAUGGCGGUUCGGUCCCGCCGGAAUCGCUCCGUCGGCAAAUCUUCGGUCUGAGGUUUGUUUACACACAUGCACUACAAUGCUCUUCGAUCAGCGACAGGAAGACCAUUCGAUGAGAUGAACAACCUCUCACUUUGCUACAAGCAUAAACUGUUCCUUUGAUUCUUUCAGACAUGCCUGGCCGCGUAUCGGUGCGGAAUUCCCGCCAAUCGGCGGUUUCAAACCGAACAUCGACCCAAGUACCCAGGUCCCGCGCCCCCUCCGCAAGAACCUCUGCGCUUGCGACCGAUAUCCCAGAUGAAGGCGCCUCGACCGAUCUACGAGUACACAUUUGCAGUAUCUUCUCCGAUGCGCAAAAGGGCACUGCGACCCAGAGAAAACUGGCCGUCAAUCUGAGAAAGGUGCAGGAAGUUUGCUGUUACGAGGAUGCCAGCUCGAAGCGGCACGGAGAUCUGGAGGAGUUCGACGAGGAACAGUUCAAUCAAGAGGUUGGGCGAUGUGUCCUGCGGGUAAUGGUAGUCAAGAAGAGCGAACCAAUCGGGGAUCGAAUAGUCAGGUUUUUGACAUUGUUCCUGAAAUAUGCGUCUGAUAAAGACAACGCAAUCGCACGGGGAGAAGAUGGGGACGAAACCGUCUUCAUGGAAACCCCAACGAGCCGCCUCGUAUCACACAUCAUCUCACUCAUCCUCCCAUUACUCCUGACUAAGGACAAGGUGGUCCGCUUCCGCGCAACACAGAUCAUUGCACAGAUCGUGAAUACUCUCGAUUCAAUCGACGACGAAUUGUUCCAGCUUCUGCGAAUGGGCCUAUUGAAGCGACUACGAGAUAAGGAAAGCACAGUUCGAGUCCAGGCCGUACUUGGCCUCGGGCGACUUGCAGAUGAGUCCGAAAAUGGGCAAGACGAUGAAGACAGUGACGACGACUCUGCAGGGGGCGUGCUUGAGAAACUUUUGGAUGUACUUCAACACGACCCCAGCGCAGACGUUCGACGUGCCUUGCUGCUCAACCUUCCAUUUACCCCUGGGACACUUCCAUAUUUGCUAGAACGAGCGAGAGAUUGCGAUACUGGCACCAGGCGAGCCCUCUACUCUAGACUCCUCCCGGCACUGGGUGACUUCCGCCAUCUCUCACUCACGCAUCGCGAAAAGCUGCUUCGAUGGGGCCUGCGUGACCGAGACGAGAACGUCCGGAAGGCCACGGCGAGACUCUUCCGCGAGCGCUGGAUCGAAGACUGUGCAGGCCUGCAAGACGCGGCCGAAGCUGGGAAUGGAGAUCAAAACAAAGCAGCCGAACCAAGUUAUGACGCGUUGCUAGAACUGUUGGAACGAAUUGAUAUCAUCAAUUCCGGCGUUGAGGGUGGCAUCGCCUUCGAGGCGAUGAAGGAGUUCUGGGACGGGCGCCCUGACUAUCGAGAACACAUACGAUUCGAGGACAAUUUUUGGGACGAGCUGACCCCCGAAAGCAUGUUUGUUGCGCGAACAUACAACCAUUACUGUCGUCUAAACGAUGACCGAAAGCUUAUAAGUAUGGUUGAAGACCGGAUGCCCGAGGUGACCAAGUUCGCCUUCAUCUUACAGAAGCAUCUAAACCUGCUCUUAGAGAAUGUCCAGCAGGUCGCGCUUGCUGCUGAAGAAGACGCCGACGUUGAAGAUGAUACAGUGCAGCAAGAGUUCUGCGUUGAGCAACUCCUACACAUCGCCCUCACUCUCGACUACACCGACGAAAUUGGACGGCGAAAGAUGUUUGCGGUUAUGAGAGAGGCGUUGGCGCUGGCAGAACUUCCGGAGGAAUGUACCCGACUGGUGGUCGAGGUCCUUCGAGCCAUCUGUGGCAGCAGGCCGGAAGGGGAACGCGAAUUCUGCGGUAUCGUCCUCGAAGGUGUAGCCGAAGUCCAUGACACGAUCAUGGGGGAUGACGAUGCGGAUGCAUCUUUCCACUCUGCGCGAUCUGCGCUCAGCGGUGACUCGACGCCAAAGGGGAAGAAAUCGAGCGAUGCUGGUUCAGACGUGGUUGAUGAAGAUAAGGCUAUUCGGGAGAUCAUGGUGAACAUGAAAUGUCUCCACAUUGCACAAUGCAUGCUUCAAAACGUGCAGUGCGAUUUGGAGCAAAAUGCCCAUCUUGUCACCAUGUUGAACAACCUUGUGGUGCCCGCUGUCAGAAGCCAAGAGGCUCCAAUCCGUGAGAGAGGCUUGGUCUGCCUUGGGUUGUGCUGCUUGCUUAGCAAGGACUUGUCGGCCGAAAAUUUGACAUUAUUCCUUCACUGCUUUACGAAGGGCCAUGAAGCGCUUCAGACAAUAGCGAUCCAGAUCAUCUCAGAUAUACUGAUGGCACAUCCGUCACUACUAGGUCCCAUGGCAUUGACGGUCUCCCCAUCAAAGAAUGGGGACCCAUCAGAGGACGCAAGCCAGCCCGUAAACCCCUUGUUGAAGCCCAUCUACAAGAUGUAUUCACGGUCGCUAAAAUUGGUGGACGCCGAGGUGCAGACCACCGGCGCUAUCUCCCUUUCAAAGCUGAUGCUUGCCUCAAGCAUCACCGAUAUCGAUCUGCUAAAGCAAAUUGUUUUGGCGUACUUUGAUCCGGACACCCAGGCCAACCCUUCACUUCGUCAAGCUUUAACAUACUUCAUUCCGGUCUACUGCCACAGCCGACGGGUCAAUUCGGAACGCAUGGCGAAGAUUGCCGUAUCUGUAGUCCAUUCAAUGGCUGAGCGCGCCGACGAUCUGGAUGAAGAAGAGGAGAUGGUUGGCUUGAGCGUGGUGAUCGCGCAGUUGGUGGACUGGACCGAUCCACGGAAGCUUGUCGAUCUCAGUGGUCGCACUGAUGACAAGGAUAGCCAGAGUGGCAGUGCUCAUGCGAUCCUAGCAGAGGAGAUCCUCGAGAAGGUCCUUACGCCAGGAUGUAGUAGGGAAGAGAAGAAAUCCUUGUUUUCCAUGCUUGGGAAGUUAUAUAUCAACCCGGGCACGCCAGCAACGACGGCACAAGAACUGUCUGACCUCGUGAACGAGGCGUUGGAGAUGCGCUCACUGGAGACAACGGCGAAGAACGCACUGAACAAGCUCCAAACUACCCUUGGCAAGAUCCUGGCACGCGCCGAAUCCUCGUCUGAGGAGCGAGCCGAUGGAGGGAUCGAUUUCGUCGAGGCAUCCACAAUCACCCCUCAGCAAGGGACCUCCCCUCAGCAAGGGACCCCCCCCCAGCAAGGGACUCCCCCUCAUGAAGGGACUUCGAUUGUAAUGGAGAUGGAUGAACCGGAAGAUGCAACACGGCAGCUUGAAGAGGACUCGGUUUUGGACAGUCUUCUUGAAGAUGAGGGGACCGUUCACUUUGAUUGAUGGGCUAAUGGCUGACUGGCAACAAACCACAACUGGAAUAUGGCGUUGGAAUGGGCUGAUGACGACAUGUAUUUCUUGGUCACAUAUAUUGUUCGGCAUAAACCUAGCUGGCAAUGGUAUGACUUGUUCGUAACGGAGUGCAUUGCCCCAGUCUUCUUGUAUCUUAAUACUUCAUCUUUGCCGGAUUGACCGACGGGUUCAGAUCCCGGUUUUUACUUCUAUCCGGACGAAUUCCCCGAC